CUUUGUAAAAGUCUUGAGCUUUGGAAUUGAAGCUAAACUAAGAGAUUGUAAACAGAAAUAGAGAGGAAUGGGAUGUUCUCAUUCAAAGUUAGGUGACGAUGAAGCUGUUCAGAUCUGCAAAGACAGGAAACGUUUCAUCAAACAAACAGUGGAACACAGGACUAAGUUUGCUUCUGGUCACAUUGCUUAUAUCCAAUCUCUACGAAAAGUUUCAGAUGCUCUACGCGAAUACAUCGAAGGAGACGAGCCACACGAGUUCUCGCUGGAUACAUUUGCUACUCCAGUGAAGACAACGAGCAGCUCAGGCGGCUUCAUCGAGUUACAUCCCUCUUCAAAAAUGACUCAGAGCAAAGGAGAGUCAGAAUUUGAAGUCAAUUACUUGAUGGCCAGUGGAAGCAGACCGGUUCAGGUCGAAGAAAAGCCUCCUAGAUCACCUGAGACUUUCCAGGUUGAGACUUAUGGAGCAGAUAGUUUCUUUGGAAUGAACAUUAACCCGUUGAAAUCGCCUGAGCACAACAGUCUGAGACCGGACGGUCACAAUAUACCGCCUCCUUCGCCACAGAACUCUCAAUGGGAUUUCUUUUGGAAUCCAUUCACGUCAUUGGACUAUUACGGAUACAACUAUGAUAACAGGAGUGGUGUGGACGAUGAGAUGAGACGGCUGAGACGUGUUCGUGAGGAAGAAGGGAUUCCGGAUCUUGAGGAAGAUGAAUCUGUAAGGUUUGAGGAUCAUAACAUGAAAGAAAGAUAUGAUUUUAAUGGAGGUAAAAUGGAUCAAGAAGAUAAAGCAGAAGGUGUUAAUGAGAAUGAGAGGGACAUGAACUGCAUUGGAACUCAAGAAACACGAAGCGUUGAGGUGUCCCAAGGAGAAACUACAGGGCAUGUAGUUACAACAGAUGAUGCAAAAGGAGAGACACCUGGCUUCACUGUGUACUUGAAUCGAAGGCCAACGAGCAUGGGAGAAGUUAUUAAAGAUCUUGAAGAUCAGUUUGCAAUCAUAUGCACUGCUGGUAAAGAAGUCUCGGGUUUAUUGGAAGCUAGUCGGGCGCAAUACACAUCCUCUAAUGAACUUAGCGCCAUGAAAAUGUUGAAUCCAGUAGCUUUGUUCCGCGCGGGUGGCUCAUCAAGAUCUUCUUCCCCAUCAACAUUCUUGAUCAGCUCUUCUGGAGGUUCCAAGGAGAGCGGAUUUGAAACCAGCAGUGAUUUUUCAGAAGAAUCUUGUAUGCUUUCUGGUAGCCAUCAAUCAACAUUGAACCGACUAUAUGCGUGGGAGAAGAAACUAUAUGAAGAAGUUAAGUCCGGAGAACGGGUACGGAUUGCAUAUGAGAAGAAAUGUUUGGUGCUAAGGAAUCAUGAUGUGAAAGGAGACGACUCCUCUUCGGUUGACAAAACAAGAGCUAUAGUCAGAGAUUUACACACUCAGAUGAAGGUCUCAAUACACUCAAUCGAGUCUAUCUCCGAAAGGAUCGAGACUCUUCGCGAUCAAGAACUGCUUCCGCAGCUUCUUGAGCUUCUUCAAGGAUUAGCUCAGAUGUGGAAGGUGAUGGCAGAGUGUCACCAGAUACAGAAGCGAACAUUGGACGAGGCCAAGCGAUUACUUGCAACAACGCCUUCUAACCGUCACAAGAAGAGACAACAGAGUUCACUACCGGAGAUAAACUCUCAGAGAUUAGCUAGAUCGGCUUUGAAUCUUGUAACUCAGCUUCAAAGCUGGAGAGCAUGCUUCCAAGCAUGGAUCACAUCCCAGAGAUCCUACGUGUUGUCUUUAACCGGGUGGUUACUCAGAUGUUUCAGAUGCGACCCUGACCCAGAGAAAGUCAGAUUAUCAACUUGUCCUCACCCGAUUUAUGAAGUUUGUAUCCAAUGGUCAAGGUUGCUCAACGGGUUAAACGAGAAGCCGGUUCUAGACAAACUCGAUUUCUUUGCCUCUGGGAUGGGUUCAAUCUUUGCUCGACAGCUUAGGGAAGAUCCAUCUGAUGGUUCGAGGAGGUACUCAGGACCAGAGAGCAUGGAGCUUGUUGAAGCUGACAAGGUGGAAGAAGAGAAGAUGAUGACUGCUGAGAAAUUGGCUGAGAUUGCAGUUAAAGUACUCUGCCAUGGAAUGUCAGUUGCAGUGAGCUCACUCGCUGAGUUUUCCAUAAGCUCUGCUGAUGAACACUCGAAGCUCGCUAGCCAUCCAGAGGAGGCCACGUCAGAGCAGUGUCCGGAGCAAACCGUGGUGUAAACUUUUAUAUUCUCAAGUCUCAACUUCUCAUU